AUGUCUGUGCUGCAAGCCAUCUACAACCUCGAACCCAACAACAACCCAGAAGCCAUCUACUACCUCGAACCCAACAACAACCCAGAAGCCAUCUACUACCUCGAACCCAACAACAACCCAGAAGCCAUCUACUACCUCGAACCCAACAACAACCCAAAAGCCAUCUACUACCUCGAACCCAACAACAACAACCCAGAAGCCAUCUACUACCUCGAACCCAACAACAACCCAAAAGCCAUCUACUACCUCGAACCCAACAACAACCCAGAAGCCAUCUACUACCUCGAACCCAACAACAACCCAAAAGCCAUCUACUACCUCGAACCCAACAACAACCCAGAAGCCAUCUACUACCUCGAACCCAACAACAACCCAGAAGCCAUCAACUACCUCGAACCCAACAACAACCCAAAAGCCAUCUACUACCUCGAACCCAACAACAACCCAGAAAAGCCAUCUACUACCUCGAACCCAACAACAACCCAGAAGCCAUCUACUACCUCGAACCCAACAACAACCCAGAAGCCAUCUACUACCUCGAAACCAACUACAACAUCCACAGGAACGACCAUUUCUCCAUUACUUAAUACACCGACAACUCCAAAACCGGUCACCACACCUUUUCCAACUAUAUUAACAAGAACAACAUUGCCUCCCAAGUCCUCCAAUACCACCGUGUAUCAUAUCUGUUUCACUAAUUCCUCCCAACAAACAUCAACCCCAAAGUCAUCUACUACCUCGAACCCAACAACAACCCAGAAGCCAUCUACUACCUCGAACCCAACAACAACCCAGAAGCCAUCUACUACCUCGAACCCAACAACAACCCAGAAGCCAUCUACUACCUCGAACCCAACAACAACCCAGAAGCCAUCUACUACCUCGAACCCAACAACAACCCAGAAGCCAUCUUCUACCUCGAAACCAACAACAACCCAGAAGCCAUCUUCUACCUCGAACCCAACAACAACCCAGAAGCCAUCUACUACCUCGAACCCAACAACAACCCAGAAGCCAUCUACUACCUCGAACCCAACAACAACCCAGAAGCCAUCUACUACCUCGAACCCAACAACAACCCAGAAGCCAUCUUCUACCUCGAAACCAACAACAACCCAGAAGCCAUCUUCUACCUCGAAACCAACAACAACCCAGAAGCCAUCUACUACCUCGAAACCAACAACAACCCAGAAGCCAUCUUCUACCUCGAACCCAACAACAACCCAGAAGCCAUCUUCUACCUCGAAACCAACAACAACCCAGAAGCCAUCUUCUACCUCGAACCCAACAACAACCCAGAAGCCAUCUUCUACCUCGAAACCAACAACACGGAAGCCAUCAAUGUCACCAAAACCAACUACAACAUCCACGGGAACGACCAUUUCUCCAUUGAAUAUAUCUGGACAAGCUAUGAAUAUGGUCAAGAACUUUUUGAAACCAAGCGCCCUAAACAAAGCGGGAUAUGGACAGUUGCGAGACAUCCUGAUUAUUAUUGACUCCUCCGGAAGUGUUGGUUCAACCAAUUUUCAAAAUGCUAUCUUACAAUUGGCAAGACUCCUUGGACUGCUGUGCCCCUCUCCUGAUCCAUUGUUAAACGACCAUCAACGAGUCGCUGUGAUUGAGUUCAGUACCAAUUUCACUGAAAUAUUCGAUUUUAAUGAUCAUCAUAACCUAAAGGACCUGCAAUCAGCCAUUACAGGCAUGCAAUUUCAUUCCGGGGGCACCAGGACAGACCUUGCAUUGAAGUAUGCUUAUCAGCAUAUGUUUACGUCUGCUAAAGGCGCUAGGCUUCAUCAAGGCAUUAAACAGGAAGUGCUUCUGAUAACCGAUGGCAAAUCGAACUUGCCAUCACUUACGCUGAUUGCAGCGAAACAGUUACAAAGUGUGGCGGAUGUCUACGCGUUAGCUAUAGGAACCGGCGUUGACUUCGCCGAGUUAGAUGCAUGUGUAACGCAGCCGCAACACACGCAUUUGUUCGCCAUACCAGGCUAUAAUGAGCUUCAAACUUUGCUGGACGAGGUGGAGCAGGAACUGAAGGCCGGGCAGUAUCCCUGUGCUAGCUUUGAACAUUCUUGA